AAUAUAGGAUAUUUCUGGAAUAAAAAUGAGGAAUCAAUCCUAUUGCUAAAUUCAGUCAACCAAUAAAGAGAAAGCGAUCCCAAAAAACCAUCAGAACUUAUGCAAUAACCGGAAGAGGUUGUCAUUCCCCCCGCAGACGUCAUAUUUAUACAGCUGAUAGUGUUUUUAGCCACGAAUAACAAUGAUGCUUUUGCGAUUUAGUCUGUAAUUCCUGCUCCAGGAUGCCAGAGACCACACAGGAUGAAUAUCCCACAUGGCUGGGAAUGGUCUUUGUCUUCAAUCUCAUCAUUGGGACUGGUGCAUUGACACUUCCGGCAGCUUUUGCACGUUCCGGAUGGCUUGGGGGUACUGUAAUGGUGAUCCUCGUUGGCUUUGUGUCCUACGUCACUGUGACCUUUGUCAUUGAAGCUAUGGCCUGUGCCAAUGCCAUCCUACAUCUGCGUUCUAUUCUCAAGCGACGUGUUGCAAGAGAUCGUUCUGGAGCAUCAGAUUCAGACUCGGAAACAGCAGAGAAUGUACCUUUGGUGGGUGAAGAUGGUGCCCCAUUUAGUUUGCAAUCACGCGUUGAAAUGGGUGAGAUGGCGACGAUUUUCUUCAGUGGAACCGGCGUUGCUGUGUUCUACCUUUGCCUGGCGAUCUAUUUAUAUGGGGAUCUCAGUAUUUAUGCCGCUGCAAUUGGUACGAGUCUCAAAGAUGUCAUUUGUGCAUCCAAUGAUACAACUGAUGGGGCACCAUGCUGGCCCGGCUACACCAUGACUCGCCUUGACUGCUACAGGCUGUGUGUUGUUGGCACCGGGCUCCUGCUGGGUCCUUUUGUCUUCUUUAACGUCCAAAAAACCAAAUACAUCCAAAUUUUGACUGUUAUCUUCCGGUGGUGCGGUAAGAAUAUCCCAAAAAUCCUCAUUCAAAAGAACAUAACCUCAUUUAUUUUUACAGCAUUCACAGCAAUGAUUGCAAUGGCUGUUGCGCGAUUAAUUCAGGAUGGGGUGCAGGCUCAUCCACCGCCACUCAUUCCAACUGGGAUUCCUAGCCUCUUUGGCACCUGCAUUUAUUCCUUUAUGUGCCACCAUUCACUCCCUAGCCUUCUGGCUCCCGUACGUGAGAAGCGUCACCUCUCGUGGCAGCUGCCGUUGGAUUUUCUCCUUAUUGGCUGCUUCUACCUCCUGCUCUCACUCACGGGGGUCUUGGCAUUUGAGCAUCUCGAUGAUCUCUACACAUUGAAUUUUCUCGAGACACCUGGUGGUGCCUUUACGCGCAUCGUCGACUACUUCCUUGCCCUCUUCCCAGUCUUCACGCUCAGUGCCAGUCUUCCGAUUGUUGCAAUAACACUGAAACAAAAUCUGGAGGCAAUUCUCGUGGCAGGACGUCGUACAGCUUUCUGUCGGGCACUCAUGCCACUCCUGGCUCUUGUCCCGGCAUUUGCUGUUACGCUCCUCACGAGCAGUGUGAGUGGUCUUGUUGGCUUCACGGGUAGCUAUGCAGGUGCUGGUGUACAAUACCUCACACCUGUUGCACUUGUUUUCUGUGCAAGACGUCAAGUUGCAAUGCUCCUGCCAUCGAACCCCAUAAAUCCCCACCGGUCUCCCUUCCAGAGUCCCAAAUGGCUGUUGCUGGUGCUCGCCUGGGCUGCUUUAGGAAUAACCUUGGUGACCAUCAACUUUAUAAAUGACAAAUAAAACAAAAAAUGUGUAAAAAGAAAA